AUGAACUCUCAAUUUUUUCAUAUCAUAAUACUCGAGUUAUCUGUAAAUACACCCUCCCAUUCUGGUACUUCAUCAUUUCAUUCUACAGCUUCACAACCAAGUGGUUGCUACUUGUGUUCUUGGAAAUUGGAAAUUUGCAUUACGAUGGCCAGCGGCGACAUCAAAGAAACUGGUUUUACACCUUAUACUUUGUCACAACUGCUGCGUGGUGAAUAUCCAAAGGAUCGGCCUAUCCAUAUUUUUACUGAAGGAGUGUAUGAUCUCUUUCACUACGGGCAUGCUCGUCAGUUGAGACAAGCAAAAGAAGCAUUUCCAAAUGUCAUCAUCACAGCUGGAGUAUGCAAUGAUGAUUUGGUGACAAAAUACAAGGGGGGCCCUGUUGUCAUGACACAAGAAGAACGCAUGGCCGCAGUGCGCGAAUGUCAGUAUGUGGAUAAUGUUGUCGAUCAUGGGAUGUUCUAUCCUACUAUUGAACUGCUCGAUCAAAUGCAGGCAGAUUUGAUUGCUCAUGAUGAUAUUCCUUACACGUGCCCGGAAAGUGACGACUGCUACGAACCUUUCAAAAGGGCUGACCGCUUUCUCACUACUCAAAGAACAAAACACAUUUCCACAACAGACCUCAUUCAACGCAUCCUCGACAACUGUGAGAAUUUCCGCGAAAGAAACUCCAGAAGAGCGAACAGUGGCUAGCAAAGCAUCUUAUCUUUACGCAUUUGAUUAUUAUCAGGACACAAAAUCUGUGAAAUAUUAAGCUCAUAGGCUUAUAAACUGGUUCCUAUAAAUUGUAUAAGAUUAUGGUUCU